AUGGCCGAAGAGCAGGAGCUGGACCUGAGCAACUCCGACGUGGUGACCAAGUACAAGGCGGCAGCUGAGAUCUGCAACAAGGCCAUCUCGGCGGCGGUGGAGGCCAGCAAGGAUGGCGCCAAGGUUGUCGAUGUCUGCCGCAUCGGCGACGAUGUGAUCACCAAGGAGGUCCAGAACAUCUUCAAGGGCAAGAAGUUUGAGAAGGGCAUCGCUUUCCCAACCUGCGUUUCGGUCAACAGUGUUGUCGGCCACUUCUCACCGGCCACGGACGACACCACGACCAUCAAGGAUGGAGACCUCGUAAAGAUCGACCUCGGCUGCCACAUCGAUGGCUGGAUUGCCACCCAGGCCACCACUAUCCAGGUUGCGGCCGGCGGCGUGGCGACGCCCAUCACCGGCCGCGCGGCGGACGUCGUCGCGGCGGCGCGGACGGCGUUCGAUGUGGCGAUCCGGUUGAUCAAGCCGGGCAAGAAGGUCUCUGAGGUGUCUGACAAGCUGGUCAAGGCGGUGGAGCCCUUUGGCUGCCAGCUGGUGGAGGGGGUGCUGACUCACGACCUCAAGCAGUACGUGAUCGACGGCAACAAGGUGGUGCUCAACCGGCCGUCCCCGGAUCAGAAGGUCGAGGAGGCGGAGUUUGAGCCCAACGAGGUCUACGCCAUCGACAUCGUGGUGUCUACGGGCGAGGGCAAGCCCAAGGUUCUGGAUGACAAGGAGACCACUGUCUACAAGAGGGCCCUGGACGUCGAGUACAAGCUCAAGAUGAAGGCCUCCAGGCUGGUGCUGGGCGCGAUCUCGAAGAAGUUCCCCAUGCUGCCCUUCACCCUGCGCGCGCUGUCGGAGGGCGAGGGCGAGGACGUGUCUGAGCUGAAGAAGCAGCUGCGGCUGGGCCUGGUGGAGUGCCUCACGCACGGCCUGCUGCACCCCUACCCCGUGCUGCACGAGAAGGGCGGGGAGCUGGUCGCACAGAUCAAGGGCACGGUCCUGCUGAUGCCCAACGGCAGCGACAAGAUCACCGUCGCCCCGCAGCAGCCCGUGGAGACGGAGAAGAAGGUGGAGGACGCAGAGCUGCUCAAGCUGCUCAACACAGGCCUCAAGACCAACAAGAAGAAGAAGAAGGGGGGCGCCGCCGCGGCCGAGGGCGAGGCACAGUAG